CUAGAAAAGUCAGCAAUUUGAUUAGAUUUUCAACCGGCAACGUCAAAGACUCAAGUUAAAACUGGAAAGUAUAUUAAUGAAGUAUCCACCAGAUAUUCGAAAACUGGAAGGUAUCAUAAUGAAGCGAGCAUAUGGUCUUGAUUGCCAAAACUAUAAUUGCCUUAGACUAGACAAGUCACGUAAUAUAUGGCUUCCCUGUCCAAAUCUAUUGCACAAGUACAAAAUUUAUCGUUUCUUGCUGUACAACUAAUUAUAUCAAUGGGUUCUUAAAAAAAUAAUGAAGAGACGACUUCAAGAGUUCAGUAAUAAAGCUAUUAAAGAAAAGCUUAUGUAUUAAAAUCUACUAUUGUUGUUUUCUUUUAUCUAUAUGUUGUAAGGGCUUAGAAAACUAUUAUACCAUGAAUAAAAUAAUGAAUGGUGAUUUCCUUAAAUAGAGAAUUUUCCACAUGAUAAGUCUUUGAAUGUUUAGCAUCGAGAAAAACAAGAAGAAGCUGAGAUCUUUUGAAGUAAACUAAUACUGACAUGUCAAGUCUCCACUUCUGUCACUAUAUGACUUGACUUUGUCCUCAUGUUUAUGUUUAUUUAUCUCUUUAAAUCACAUCCACUGUUUACAGACCUAACCCAAACACACAAAUUCCUUUGUUCAAAGAUAGCAAACAAAUCAUGUAUAGUCUCCCCACUUCUUGUAUGAUCUUGUUCUUCAUCUUCUACAGGUUUCACCAAAUUCUUUGUGCUUCAAGUGAAAAAGAAAUUGGGAGGUGUGACGCGCUGUUCCAGUGCGGUGACUAUUAGGGAUAAAUGUCCCACAUCGGAUAUUGGAAGAGAUCCUUAGCAAUAUAUAAGAUGGAUGGGUCACUCCACUUAGCACCAAUUGGUUUUAGGUUGGAAGUCCAUCUAGCUUAACAUGGUAUCAGAGCCCGAUCCACGCAGUCCAACCCGAUCCACAUCGAUCUGGCCCAAAGUUGGUCCAUCGAUCCUUGCCCGAGCAUUCCGAGAUUGACGCUCAAAGAGCCAUCAUCUCGAGGGGGCGUAUUAGGGAUAAAUAUCCCACAUCGGAUAUUGGAAGGGAUCCUUAGCAAUAUAUAAGAUGGAUGGGUCACUCCACUUAGCACCAAUUGGUUUUAGGUUGGAAGUCCAUCUAGCUUAACAGUGACGUCACCGCUGGCUUCCCCUUCUCAGGUAGGAAUCGUCCAGAGGUUUGCGGUCAUCCAUUACUGCGGCUUCACUGCAUCAAUAACAUCACCUCUUUACUCAUCUCAAACCAAGAGUUCUAUGUUCUGAAAAUAAAUAAAACAUCUAACACUCUUACACUUGCCAGACCAGACCUUUUAGGUUCCUUUUGCUCCUCUACCUUCACCAAGGUAACCUUGCCCACAGAAAUUUUCGAACUGUCGCCAACUUACAAGAGCGUCAAUGUAUUCUACCUCUGCGACCCUUUUCUUUCUUACCCUUCGAGCUCUAAAUGUCCUGAGAUAGGUCCGAUCUCACUGUCUGAAAAACCUGAAUAUAAUAACACCUGCCGAGAGAGUUUCACCAUAAACCUUCCAACGAGUUUUCUUCCAGAAGAGAAAGAGUUAAAUAUGACACACUUGGAAAGUGCUCUUAGAGAAGGGUUUGAGGUGAAGGUGAAUAUCGACGAGAAUGCUUGUCAAGAAUGUUUAUCCUCUCAUGCUUUUUGUGGCUUCGACCAAACCUUUCCAUCAGGAGUUAAAUGCGGUCCACUCUAUCCUCAAGAUGCUGAGGACAUUCGCAGACGUUGUAGUGCCUCGUUUAGCUGUGGGGAUCAAAAAGAUCUCAUGUACCCUUUCUGGAUUCCUGGUAGGGAAGAUUGCGGCCACCCUGACUUCAAGCUAGAAUGCAACGCAAGUUUCGCAGAGCUUACAAUCUCCUCUGUCAAGUUCAGAAUCUUAGAGAUGAACUAUAGUUCUCGUGUCAUAACACUUUCAAGAUCGGACUAUAUCAGCAAUAUUUGUCCGCUCAACCCAGUAAGUGCGCCAUUUGAAGAAAAUGUCAUCCCAUUUGCUCCGGACACCGAAAUGCUGACAAUUUAUUACGACUGCCGCACAGAGCUAACACAGUCUGUUUCUACUUACGUUGGAGAGAUUUCUUGCCAUGAUGAUGUGCGGAGUUACUAUGUAACUAGAAACCUCUCUUCCCCUUUGCUUAACGGGGUUAGAGGCCUUAUAAAUGACUUCAAGGGUAUUUGCAGAAGAAAUGUCAGUAUUCCUGCAUCUAGACCCGCACUGGAUACACUAGAGAGAACACCGACUCCAUAUAAUCUGAAGAAGGCUCUUGAAGAAGGUUUUGAUCUUGCAUUUAACGAAGAUUGUUCCUUGUGCAUGGUCUCUGGGGGUGCAUGUGGAUACACUCAGAUUUCAAGCAGAUUCGUUUGCUAUUGUGACGGUUGGGUCCAUACCAAUAUAUGUGAUCAUCUCUUUUGGGGGUUUUCUAUUAAAGCGAAACUAGGAUUCGGAGUUGUUUUUUGGGGAUCAGCGGUCAGCUUUUUUUUGGUAGGAAUCUUCUAUGUCAUGUGGUGCACAAAGAAGACAUCAGAGGAUCUUAGACAACACGAUCUAAAGGCCAUUAUUCCACUGAAACAGUAUAGCUACGCGCAAGUAAAGAUAAUUACAAAGUCAUUUGUUGAAAGGGUUGGGAAAGGCGGAUUUGGAACGGUUUACAAAGGAACCCUUUGUGAUGGUCGUAGUGUUGCAGUGAAGAUCUUGAAAGACUCAAAGGGAAAUGGGGAAGACUUCAUCAAUGAAGUUGCGAGCAUAAGCAAAACUUCUCAUGUCAACAUUGUAGACCUACUUGGAUUCUGCGCUGAAGGUUCAAAGAGAGCAAUUCUCUAUGAAUUUCUUGAAAAUGGAUCGCUUGAUAGGUUUAUCUCGAAAAAUGCUUCAAUGAGUUUGGAUUGGAUGACACUACACAACAUCUCUCUAGGAAUUGCUCGAGGUCUGGAGUACUUGCACCAUGGCUGCAAAGCAAGGAUUGUACAUUUUGACAUAAAACCACAUAAUAUACUGUUAGACGAAAAUCUUUGCCCAAAAGUUUCAGACUUUGGCCUUGCUAAGCUCUGCAAGAAGAAGGAAAGUAUCUUGUCACUACUGGGCACAAGAGGAACGAUAGGGUACAUUGCACCUGAAGUGUUUUCAAGAAUGUAUGGUAGCGUUUCCCACAAGUCAGAUGUGUACAGCUAUGGUAUGCUAGUCCUUGAGAUGAUUGGAGCAAGGAACAAAGAACGAGCUGAUCAAAACUCUGCAUCAAACGCAAGUUCAAUGUACUUUCCAGAUUGGAUAUAUAAGGAUCUGGAGAAAGGAGAGAAUGAAAGGCUUAUGGGGAGUGGAAUCAUCAGCGAAGAGGAGGAGAUAGCAAAGAAGAUGACACUGGUGGGUUUGUGGUGUAUUCAGUCAUCUCCAUCAGAUCGUCCACCGAUGAACAGAGUGGUAGAGAUGAUGGAAGGAAACUUGGACGCUCUCGAAGUCCCACCUAGGCCUGUUUUGCAAAUUCCCCCAGCUCCUCUUCAGGAUUCUUCUACACUUUCUGAGGAUGUUUCUGCUUCAACAGAAGUAUAAUCCAUGAAUAUUACAUAAAGAAAGAAUAUAUAAACGUACAAAAAUAGGAGUAUGUUUCAAAGCUCUCAUUUAAGAUAUUACUUUUUGUUUUUGACCGCUCCAAAAACAUAUCUACAUUGUUUAUAUAAACCCAUCAUACUUUCAAAUAUAUCAGCUAUCCCAUUAUAUGGCAGCUUCCUCUG